UUUACGAUCCAGAUCCGACACCGCAAGCAAUAAUUUUUGCUGACUAACAGACAGAAACAUUACUGAGCGGUUUGUUGCAGCUCUUCAAACGAAACGGAUAACGUUGCCAAGCGACGCUUUCUGCUUCACUCUCCAAGCCUCACAUGGCCGUGCUCGGCGGUGCAUUCGCAGGCUCCUUCGUCCCUACCUGCUAUAGAACCCAGUCGAUGAAACCACCAUUCAGGAUAGGGAUUUCUUGCAUCGGAUGGGAUCCAGAGGGUGUCUUGGGUCCGCCUCAGAGCGGCCACAUAGCGCGGCUGGAGUUCCGGCGACGGCUGGAGAAGGAUGCCAAGGUCAGAGAAGAGUUCAGCCAUCUGGUGCGCGAGGAGAAGGAGCGGCUUCGUGCCCGCAGGGAGGCACGGAUGCCACCGGAAAACAAGGAGGGGCUCGUGGAAUACUUUCUUGAAACCGAAGCCAGGGAUAUUGAAUUUGAGAUUGCGAGGUUGAGGCCGCGAUUAACCAAAGAUUUCUUUGAACACGUACGGAUUGAGCUGGCGAAGCUGCGGUUUGCUGUUGCUAGAACUAAGGAGAUGGAGGAUAGGGUAAUUGAGUUGGAGGCCAUGCAGAAGGUUUUGCUCGAAGGAACAG